GAGCGCCCCGAGCGAGCCCGGCUCCGGGCACCAGGAAGGCUGGGCCGCCUGAAGCACGGGGUUGGGGCACAGUUGUCAGGUCCGAAAUAGGAAAUAAUCCUGUUGGAAGCUCAAAAUGAUCAUAUCGGAAGCUCAACGCAGUCGUAUUUGGUGAAAAACUACGCGCAUAAGUAUGCCGCUAAGUAUACAAGUAAGCCUUCCUGUGGACUUGCUCACCCUAAGUCGCAGUGAGCGAGCAAGGGGUCGUCACAGACGAACCAGGUCUUUGAAGGCCAGCAGUCUGAAGAAGGUCCCGAUAGCAAACCCAGAAGUCUGACCUGGCAGGGGAAACACCGCGCAUCUGAAGGCAGUUUUCCGUUCAAUAUGUUAUUGAACACUGACCAAGUAAACCUAAUUGGACAAGUGUUUGAAUCCUACGUUUUGGAACAUCACAAAAAUGACAUUUUGCAUAUCUUAAGAGAGCAAGAUGAUGAGAAACAUUAUCCGAUUGUUGUUGAUGCCCUGACUCUUUUUGAGACCAAUAUGGAAAUUGGAGAGUAUUUCAAUGCAUUUCCGAAUGAAGUGCUCCCUAUUUUUGACAAUGCAUUACGCAGAGCAGCUCUGGAGGCUCUGCAGCCCACUUCCCAGAAUCAUGGUCUUAGCAUCAAGCAGAAUCUUCAUGUCAGGAUAUCAGGUUUGCCUGUUUGUCCAGAGCUAACCAGAGAACAUAUCCCUAAAACCAGAGAUGUGGAUCACUUCUUGUCUGUUACUGGUACUGUUAUUCGUACUAGUUUAGUGAAGGUCCUGGAGUUCGAGCGGAAUUAUAUAUGUAAUAAAUGCAAACAUAUAUUUGUUGUAAAGGCUGAUUUUGAGCAGUACUAUGCUUUCUGUCGUCCAUCAGCCUGCCCAAAUGAAGAAGGCUGCAACUCAUCCAAAUUCACUUGUCUCUCAGGAACAAACGCUGCUCCCACCAGUUGCAGAGACUAUCAAGAAAUCAAAAUUCAAGAACAGGUUCAAAGACUAUCUGUUGGAAGCAUUCCUCGCUCUAUGGUGGUUGUCUUGGAAGAUGAUUUAGUUGAUAGUUGCAAGUCUGGUGAUGACAUCACAGUGUAUGGAGUGGUAAUGCAAAGAUGGAAACCCUUCCAUCAGGAUGUGCGCUGUGACCUUGAGAUUGUUUUGAAAGCCAAUUACAUUAAAGUAAAUAACGAACAACUAGCAGGAGUUAUAAUUGAUGAGGAGGUCCGCAAGGAAUUUGAAGACUUCUGGGAAAAACAUAAGAGUAAUCCCUUAGCAGGGAGGAAUGAAAUCUUGGCUAGCUUGUGUCCUCAGGUGUUUGGGUUAUACCUGGUGAAGCUCGCUGUUGCUAUGGUACUUGCUGGAGGUGUGCAAAGGACUGAUGCUGUAGGAACUCGAGUGAGAGGUGAAUCGCAUCUUUUGUUGGUUGGAGACCCUGGAACAGGAAAAUCUCAAUUUUUGAAGUAUGCAGUAAAGAUUAUGGCACGAUCGGUGCUUACUGCAGGGAUUGGUUCUACAAGUGCAGGUAUCUGAUAUUCCAACCAGCGCCAAUUUGUGCUCUUAACUUUUAUUAUUGCAUACCUAGGGAUGUGAUUUUAGUGACAGAGGUAUUGAAUAUAUAAGCAAGAACAUAAACUAGUUUGAUUAUAUUAAUACAGUCCUUGCAAAAAAAUGCCAUGGAGUCAGACAAGUGAGAGUUGGCAUGGUUCCCUAUAGAAAUCUGGCCCUACUGUUUUUUUAUGCACUAAAAGGUUGAUUGUAGUGAGCUUCCUUUUUAGGGGACACUCACUGAGUCUUGCCCAGAGGCCUCUCCUGCUCAGUUUUCAUGGUGAUAAUCUGAGCCUGUAUUUUUAUUACUUUUCCUAACGAUAGCAAAUUUGACAUUUCUCCAGAGAAAGUGCAUGACACUUUCAUGGAAUAGGAUCAUAGUAGAUACUUCUCCUAUUUUCUCUUCUUUGGUGUGUUUUGAGCGGAUGCCAAGUUUGCCUCUUUUUUUUUUAAAGCAAUAUCUUAAACUAAGGCAUUAUCCUUGACUCAUUAAGAUGCUUUUCAAGAACAUACUUUUUUUGAUUUAGAUACUGUUCCAAAUCGAACCAAGUUCCCAAUAUCUUAAAUCUUUCUGGAGGACAAUAUAAAUAGCAAAUUUACUGAGUUUGAGCAAACUUUUAUACUAUCAGUAUGUUCACAAAUCAGGUAUAAUAUGAAGAAUUUCAGCUGGUGUAUUUAAUAUAAAUGUGUUAUUCCAUUUUGCAUUGCUCCUUUUUUAACGUUGGGAAACAGCAGUGUGUUUAAAUGGGAAAAAGCAAAAGAAUAUCUAUAUUCCCUAGUACCUUAUCUCUCUGUCCAUUGUGCAGCCCAUCUACAAAAGAUUUGUUAUAAAAUAAGUGUAUUGCUGAUUUUGAAUUCAAAAUGUUGGCAAACCUAUUAGCAGAGAAGCCAUAGAAGGUUUCUGCCAAGGGUGGUCUUUACUAUAUCCGUCCAUGGUAAGAACUGAGAACAAACUGUAGUCCAGGCUGAUGUAUAGUUUCUCAGGGAACUGGUCUUUGUCAGAUGCUGACCUGAAGUAAAAAGUUGUGAUCAAUUUGUCAGUAAUGAUUGUCUUAUGCCAGCCAAGCUCAUGUACCUCUGCUUUAUCUUAAUUUACCAGAGCUCUCACUUUCAUAUAAUGCUAUUUGUAAGCUGGUGUCCUAGACAUUGAACAAAUAUCCAGCAAUAGUUGGAUGCCAAGUCACAUUAAACUGUGUUUGCAUCACAAGCUUGGAGCAACAUGAUUACUAUACUAUUGGUUUGUGGCUUAUGAAGCUUCAGCACUUUAAGGGCUUCGCUCCUUGCAAAAGUCCUCUAAAAUCAUAAAACCACCUAUGGUUAAACCUCAGUCAAUUUUUUAUUUAAAAAAAGAGGAAGAAGGAAAACAAGUCCACAAAAAUCUUAUGUCUAUGCACCAUUUUCCCAUCUUUAACUGUUAAGAGCCACUCCAUGAAUGCGAAUCUGGAAGUAUGUCUAGACACAUAACUACACUUGUGUGGGAAAAACAGAUUUAGGAUUUGGGAAGUUAGUGGGCUCUAAGCUAGGGUGAAUACACAACAUGCUAGCAGCUCCACACUAACUCCUUGGGUGGAUGCUCUUAAUGCACAAUACAAGUGUUUCUAUCUGAAGCAAUUAGUACCUUGCCACUACAGUUUCUACUUUAUGACUUGGACAAAGUGUAUUCACAUUAAGAGGUAGGAGAAAGUAGUUAGUGUGCUGUUAAAUUCAGAGUUUAGCUUACUGCACACUGAAUUUCCCUAUGGACAAGGUCCUAGUAUAAUUAAGAGUCAAACCCUCGUAACUUCAGAAUUGCUGACAAUCUGCUGCCAACUUAGUUUGAAUCUUAGGUCAAACCACAGAAGGAAAUCAUUUACCUUCCAACCACAUUUUGAGCUGUUUGGCUGCGUCCAGCCAUACAGGCACAUGCAGCUUGAGGUGCGCAAACCUCUUUGCAGCACCACACACUGCAUGCCCAGAUGGUUAAAGUGUGUCCCCGCACUGCAAACUUGUAGCAUGGGGGCAGAGUUUGCUGCCAGAAUUUCCUGGUAGCAAAAAAAAGUCCAAGAAAAGCGGCAUGGCACAUGCUACAGUAGCAUGUGCUGGAACAAAUGGAGGCUUGGUCCUCUGGGGAGAUGCUCUGGCUACUGGCCAGAGCAUCUCUGCUAUUUCAUUUGUGCCCCAGCUGCUUCAGCACUCCAGGAGCCAGGAAGAACAGGAAAAGGGCGCUUUGCCCAAAGCAAGACUAUUUGUCCCUCACCAAAGCACACGUGCAGGGGUGUGCGCUGUGGCACAAAGCAGCACAAAUUUGUGCUGCUGCAAUCACAUGCCCCUGCACAUCUGGAUAUGGCCUUUGAGUGUAAGUGUUCCAAAGGAAUGGAAGAGGUAAACCUUCCAUUUGCUUUUGGAAUGUUAUCUUCAAAUAACUCAAUUGAGUUUUCUGGAAAUUAUUAGGAAAAAGAAUCAGUUUCAUGCUAAGAUCAACCAUUAAAUAUACCAUUCUCAAAGGACAUACCAGGUAGAGACGUAACAGUGUAAAACUGGUGGAGUGUAAGCUGGAAUUUAUCAUUUAACUGUAGUGUAGCAUAAUCCAGUAUCAUACUGUCAAUGCUGUGAAAGGGUCUACCCACAAAUACUUAACAUACUGUGAUUAACUCUGGAUAAUAGAAAGAAGGGUGAUGAAAUAAGGUUCUGUCAUUUUAAUAUGAGAAAGAGAAGAUAUUGAAAAAGAACUUAUUGAAUCAGUAAGAUGUAGAUGCAUCUCUUCCUUUCUAUUAAACUGAGGGAAUUCUUCUGUAAAAUGAACAAAAUAGAGUAAGUGUUUACUAAGCAACUACUUGGAAGAGGUACAGGGGAGGUGAGGGCCUUCCAAUAGAUCCUGUUAAUUUAUAUAUCAAGAGAAGUUUAGUGGGCUACCAGUGGAAUACUCAAGUGCAUAAAAUUAAGCAUCUACAUAACUGGUUGCUGGACUAUGGCCCUAAUCUUUAACCUUCAGUUUCAGUAUGUGAAAACAUAGAAUGAGUCCUUUCCCUUGUCUUGUAUGGUAUUUUCAGUGGCAUAUACUUCAAUACCAAAAAUACUGACUUUGUAAACUCACUUUUUACACACCAACUCCAACAGAUGUUCAUAAUGGUUGUGCGUGGAGAAAUGUUAAAUUAUGAUGCUUUCUGUAAUGGUUUUACACAUUUUACAUUAUGUAGUUUCUGUCCUCUUGUACAGUACAGAUUGUUCCAGACUUAUUCUUUUUGAGAUAGAGAAACCAAAUGCAUCAAUCCUAUAUUAAACACCUCACUCCCUACACCAAAAGUAUGAGUCUGAAGGGAACUGAUAAAUUGCUGGCAUUAGUGGUGUAAUCUUCGCUUCAAACUGAAAUCAUUAAGAAAAUAAAUUGCUCUUCACUCUAGUGUUGAGAGAUGUUGCAGGACAGUGAUGUAGACAUCUAAAAUAUUUUCUUUUUCACCUAUUUCUGUAAAUAUACGAGUUGCCCAGUUAACUGAAUGAAAUUAGUUUCUUUGGUAAAGGAGGUUUUGCUUGGUAUGUAUAUUAUAGAUUUUUUUUCUUCCUUC